AUGAAGCUUUUGGUUUUCGCAUCGGCCAUGGAUUCGGUAGCUUGGAAGGACUGUAUUUUCUCAAUUCUCAUACUCAAUUUGGUUCUGGCUUGCCAACUCGUCCUUCUCCAACCACUGGUCUCCGCCCAAGAUAGCAAGGCUGGUGGUGCUGCUGCAUUGUUUGAGAGAGUUUCACAAAGUAUUAAGGUGAAACAUUAUAGUGAGGCACUUGAUGAUCUAAAUUCUGCUAUAGAGGCUGAUCCAGCACUCUCAGAAGCAUAUUGGCAUCGAGCAUCUGUUCUUCGUCAGUUGUGCAGAUAUGAGGAAGCGGAGAAAAGCUACAAAAAGUUUCUGGAGAUGAAACCUAGAAAUUCAGCUGCAGAGAAGGAACUUUCUCAGUUAUUGCAAGCUCAGAGUGCUUUGGAUUCAGCUAUUAAUCUCUUUGAUUCAGGCGACUUAACAAAACCACUGGAGUAUAUUGAUAAGGUCGUACUUGUUUUUUCUCCGGCAUGCUCCAAGGCCAAACUCCUUAAGGUGAAAUUAAUAUUAGCAGCUAAAGAUUAUUCUGGUGUGAUCGCUGAUGCGGGGUAUAUUCUCAAAGAGGAUGAGAAUAAUUUAGAGGCAUUGCUUCUACGUGGUCGUGCCUACUAUUACUUAGCUGAUCAUGAUGUUGCUUUAAGGCAUUACCAAAAAGGUCUUCGUCUAGACCCUGAGCAUAGUGAAUUGAAGAAGGCAUAUUUCGGAUUGAAAAAUUUACUCAAGAAGUCAAAAAGUGCGGAAGACAAUGUAAGUAAGGGUAAGCUUCGUCUUGCAGUUGAGGACUAUAGAGGUGCCCUUGCAUUGGACCCUAAUCAUUCCGCACACAAUGUACACCUGCAUCUCGGUUUGUGUAAGGUUUUGGUUAAGCUUGGUAGGGGGAAAGAUGCUGUGACGAGUUGCACAGAAGCACUUGAGCUUGACGGGGAGCUCAUUGAAGCUUUAGUUCAGAGGGGUGAAGCUAAACUUUUGACAGAAGAUUGGGAGGGAGCUGUGGCAGAUCUAAAAUCAGCAGCUGAAAGGUCACCUCAGCACGGCGGUGACCACCACCAACACCCCCCCACACCACACCACACCUCACCUCACCUCACCACUAGCGAUGACAAUGACAGCAACGCCAGUGAUCCAAUGAAACCACUAAAUGAGCAACCCAACGAAGACGGUGAAGCCAAGCCACUCAACAAACUCAACAAAACCACUCCGACUGUGUAACACUUCACACCACCUCCGGUGACCACCACAACACCAAAGAGGUGAUUCCCGUUAACAUACUAACAUCAAUGACAAUUCACAGUUACAAAAUCCAAUCAUACACACAACCAUGAACUUCAUAGAUUACACACGACACUAUAUCGUGGUUGUGGGUUGCACGAACUAUGACCGGCGAAGAAGGAGGAGAAGGGAAGAAAGAAAUAUUGAGAUUAUGGGUUUAGAAUUCUCAAUAUCAAAGAAAGGUUAAUCAAAGAUUUUGGAUC